CUUUCUUGUUGUUUUGAUCGUCUAAUAGGAAGAGGAAGCAACAAGCGGCUCGAGGCUAUACCAAAAAUAUUAUAACUGAAAGAUUAUAUGUGGGGAUGCCCUUUUUUGGUUAAACACGACAAACCAAUUACUCACAACAAAUCAUAAUUUCUAACUUUUAUUAUGAAAUUUCCACUUUGGUAGUUACCGGAAGUUACUUUCUUAUUUUGGCUAGGUUAACACUCCGGUAAGCUCCGGCUUCCUCAAUAUUUAAAAUGCAUUGAUUUAAAUGCGCAGAUAAGGCGAAUUUGUGUACAUACAGAUUAAUAAACACUCCUCUAAUGGAAUUAAUCGGCAAGCCUAUAAAUGAUUAGCUGGUUAGUUAAAUCAGUAUCGAAAAGGAACUAGCUAGCUAGCCAGCUGAUGUGUGCACGAUAGCUGGCUGUCGUAGAGAACUGGCUGUUGACAUUCAGCACUUCUUUCUUCUUUGUUCUUGAUCUCAGUAUUGUCUGGUUUAGCUGUCUUGCUAAGACCCCCUUUUUCAAUCGCAAAAAUGAGCGAAGAGGACAAUGCUACUUGCACAACUCCAGUAAACAAAGAUUCGAACAUUUCGCUUUUGCUCACCAAAGACGGGCAGACGUACUUCGUGGACAAGAGUGGGGUUGUGGAAAGUCGGAAUGUGGUCACGCCUCAGGAACCGGACACCGUUUUCCCUUUUGACAUGGAAGAUCCAGGCGACGAGAGCGACGUCCUGGACACCACCGACCCCAGAGAUAGCACCGCCAGCCCAGAGGCAGAGGAACUGAACGACGAGGAGGCCUUUGGCGACAGCGAGAACGUGACCAAGACCUGCACUUACGAGGGGUGCCACGAGACCACCACGCAGGUGGCCAAGCAGAGGAAGCCUUGGAUGUGCAAGAAACACCGUAAUAAAAUGUACAAAGACAAAUACAAGAAAAAGAAAAGUGACCAGGCUAUGUCAAGCGGGAAAUUAGACCAGGAAAGCUCGGAGGAGAGACCAGUUUCAGUCACCAAGCAACGUCUGGGUACCGUGGGUGACCGUCCGGCAAGGCCAUCUCUCAUCGAACAAGUGUUGAACCAGAAGAGACUUUCGCUGUUAAGGAGCCCGGAAGUGAUCAGCUUCCUGCAGGAGCAGCAGAGGCUUCUGACGUCUCAGGCUCGCGCCCAGACGCAGCAGGACUUCUGAAACCGUUUGUUGGAGGAGGAUAGCGCAGCUCGUUUCCGUUGGCAGCCAGAUAUCGACUAGAAAACGUCACGACGGACGAGUUUGGACAGCUCCACGCCGGUCGACAGUUUUUUUCUGUUCAUCGCGUGGGCUUCACUGACCACGUGCCUAUGCUACGCCUUGGAGCGGUGGCCUAAUCUCAACUGUUGUGAAAACAGUGCGUGCUAUUCGAUAAAGAUUUUUGAUUUAUUUUUCGAUAAACGGCCGGUAGAACAAUUAUAAAACAUCCGAUAUCCCAAAAAACAUACGUGGCAGAGCGGUGCAGAUUCGGUUUAUUAUCCAUUUGAUCAGCAAAGGAAGCGUCACGGUCACUAAACUGCUUUUAAAUUGCACUAAGAACCGCACGUUACAAAAUCGAUCUUGUUUUGCAUAUGAGCAUACUGAUUUUUAAAUUAUUUCUCAAAUGUGUAUUUAUAAAUUGAAUAUAUUUAUAUCAACUUGCAUAUUCUUUUGUAAAUUACGUGUUCAGGUUUUUUUAUGCCAGACCCUGAAUCGAGAGAGAAAAAUUGCGCAGUUAAUGGUUGUCCCAAUGACAAAAAACGGUGGCCAAUUCUCUUGACCUUCCAAUUGAUCAGGUUUUUGGAUAAAGAAAUUGUCCUAAGAUGGCAUUGGUCUCCUUAAUAGUUUUUUGUGUGUAUGUGUGUUUUAACGUGUGAUGUAAUUAUGCCAUACUGUAUUGCAUGACUCGUCGGUAUUGUCGUAAUUUGAUUGUACAGAAUAAAAUGAAUUAAGUGUGGAA